AUGCCGUCAUCUCGCGUCAAGCGCCUUGUGUUGAUUUACACAACAGACUCCCUGGAGGACCGUUAUGAUAUAAUUCGCGCUAAUGCCAGCAUAGCCCUUGUCCGGCAUCGCAAGAACAGCACAGUCGCGGUGUUGCGCUCGACUCGACUAGGCAAUUUGGAUCUCGUCCACCACAUUCUCCAUCCUAACAUUGCCACAAUCCAUGCCAUAUUUCUGAACGAGAAGAAGAGUUACGUCAUUUACGAACAUCUCGAACUUCUCGAUGGUAUUCAGCAUCUGAUCGCCAAUGGCGUUCCGUUCUCUGCAGACAGCGUCCAAGUCUCCCUGUUAGGAAUAGUGAAGAUAGUGUUGAACAUCGGCUUUCGACCUUGUGACAAUUUGGUGGUGGAUCAGCACUACUGGGCCACCGUCUGUACUGAUAACGUAAAUCUGGAAAGGCGUCCCCUCAUGAGCUACCGUGAGUUAGAGUUCUUUUCAGUGCUUAGACGCGGAACACUGCCGGAUCGAUCUGAUCUUUACUCGCUGAUGUUCACGUGA